AUGGACCUCAGCCAGCUCGAGGAGAUGCUACAGUUUGCGAAAACGUCGUUCAUAAUUCCCGUUUCUACGAUGUGCGACGAGUUCAAAUAUGCCAUCGUCUGCGCCCUGCCCAUCGAAUUCGACGCGGUCUUGCUCGCAUUGGACGAAUGGUACAAUGGCCCGAUUGGGCAACACAAGCAAGACCGCAACUCGUACACGACCGGGCAAAUCGAUAACAUCAAUAUCGUGGUGGCAAUCGGGGAGAAGGGGAACACCAGCGCGGCGUGCGUGGCGUCCGAUAUGCGCGUCAGUUUCGAGAACCUCUUGCUUACCCUCGUCGUGGGGGUCUGUGGUGGCGUGCCCCUCGCGUGCCAAGAUGAGGAGAUGAUACUCGGCGAUGUAGUCAUCAGUAACAGCAUCAACCAGUAUGACUUUGGCAAGUUGCGCGGGGACGGAGAAAUCCAGGCGUAUAGUGGGACCAAAGACUUCACUACAAAGCUCAAUCAAAGAUAUCGAUCGAUUUUACGACACAUGGAUACAUAUCAUGCUAGAGUCGAGUUAGAGACCAAAGUCGCCACGAGGCUUCAGUGGAUCCAGGGCAAGAUAGCCCCGGAAAGAAAACUAGCAAAAGCAUAUCAAUACCCUGGAGCAGCCAACGACAGGCUCUACGAGGCCGCAUAUGAGCACAAGCACCGCGGAAGCCCCGACUGCAUCUGCUCUUCCGAGCUCAAGAUAUGUGAAGCCUCGCAAAAGAUGUCGUGCCUAAACCUCGGGUGCGACGAAGGUCGCCUCGUGUCACGGAUGCGACUCGACGAUAUUCAAAAGCUGGAACGCUCGGACAACCAGAAGCAGGAAGCGCAGGCGCGUUCCAUCAUAGUCGGAAUGGUGGGGUCCGCCAACUCCUUGGUCAUAUCUAGCAAGCAUCGCGAUGCGCUGGUGCAACAAGGCAUCGUCGCGGUAGAGAUGGAGGGCGCCGGCGUGGGACACGAUACCCAGACCAUCAUCGUUAAGGGAGUGAGCGACUACGCAGACAGCCACAAGAACAAAGACUGGCAGGGCUUCGCUUCCAUUCAAGCGGCCUCCGUCGCGAGGGAGCUACUCAUUUUCGUCGAGCGGCAGAACCAAGCCGGCCAAGCAGAAGGGGAGAUACCAACUGCCUACAACUCCUACAGCAAGGAUUACGCAACGCGCCUACUGCGCGAACUCGAGCCGAAUUACCCGACCGUUUUCGAAGCUGCUAACCGUAUGGCGCUGUGCCUGUACAAAUACCCUGAUCAGCAAAGCAGGCCCCUUUUGCCCAGUGACAAACCUCAUCAAGAGCUGGAGGAUCAUGAGCUAGACAGCCUCCAAAACGCGCAAGAUUUCAGUGUGGCCAGUGAGCCUUACGCUGGCGACCGGAGGCGGCUAAUUAUUCAGGCAAGGCUCACGCGGUUUAUCAUCGACGUUCGCAUGGAGGAGAAGAAAAGCCCGGGGGAGGUUGGACUUUGGUCAAAAACGCAAGCUCGUCGAUAA